UUUAGGUGGUCUAAGUUUGACCCACAGCCACCUGGCACCCGCCAUGGUGCCAUGGCGGCUGCUGGCCGCCGCUUCAUGUCUGGCGGCGCUGGCUUGGGCCAGCGUCGGCCUGCGCUGGAGACAGGAGCCCAGCGCCCCGGUGGUGGCGCGGAAACUGUCCUUGGCGGGGCAGGCAUAUGCUGACCUGGAGUUGGAGCAGCGGCUGGCGCCGCUGCAGCUGCCGCUGAAUCUCUGCGGAAAUUUGGCCCAGCAGCGGCUGCAGAUGCUGAACUCCCUGCUGGCGGCGCUCCUCCUGGGGGCCCAGGUGGUGCUCCCAGAGACGAUGGCAGAUGGCAGAACCUCUCUGAGUCAGAUCUUCGAUAUGCAUGUCCUCCAAAGAACGAUGGACUCGUUGUACACCGAGUACUGGUGCGGGAGAAGAUCGCGCCGGGCCCACGCCUUCUGGUGCACGGCCACGAUGGUCCCCGGCACCGUGUGGCGGCGCGCCACGGACGGCCCCGAGGUGGAGCGGGUGCCGUUGGAGGCGAAAUCUUUGGGCGCCAAGGAGCUCAAGGCGCUCGGAGAGAAGCUCUGGCUACAGCGGGCGCCAAAGAAGCUCCCGGAGGAGGUGCCAUUCGCAGUGGCCCAUUUGGAAGUGGGCUGCGACUUUUGGAAGCAGGUGAAGUCGGUUGAGGAGGACGUGGCAUGGAGGAGUUUCUGGACUAUCCAUGAUGGCUUGCGGUUCAGCGACGCCGUCUCUGAUCUUGCCCAGGAUGCUCAGAGGAACCUCAUCAACGACUUCGCCCAGACGGCGAGGGAUCAGGCGAAGUCCCUGAGGUACCCCGAGGCCCAGGACGCGACCUACACGGUCCUGCGCCUGCGGGAAAAUGUGUGCAGGCAGGAGCAAGCUUGCGCCGAUCUGGGGAACGUCUUGCUCUCGGAGGGCGUAUCCCCCAUGAUCCCGAUCUACGUCGCCGCGAACGCGAGCUGGGCGCAGGUGAAAAGCCGACACCUGCCGCCCACGAAGAUACUCGAAGAGGUCUUCACAGUGGUCACUAAAGAGAUGCUCUUCCCAGAGGAGAAGAUCCGGGAAGACAAUCUCACCUGGGCCGCGGUGGAUUACGCCUUGAGCCAGGACUCCACUUUGUUUGUUGGCCACAGCAGCUCCCUCUGGUCCUCCUUGAUCUUUCUGGACCGGCAGCGGAGUAAGACGGAUCGGAUCCAGUACGAUCCGGGCGCCAGCUUUCUCGAGAACUUGAAGGUCUUGGUUCCCCAACAGUCCACUGCCUUGCCCAUGUUCAGAACGCCGAUCAAGUGGGUGUUCGCCACCCGAACGCGGGACCGAUCCGCGGGCGCCAUGAACAACACCCUGGGUGCGCUGAGAAGUGCCCUGGUCAACACCAAGGGCACGGUGGUGCCGGUUUGCAUCACCAACUCGGGGCCCGAGACUUCCUUGGCCCAGUCCCUGGUGUCGCUGGGAGUGCGAGUGCUCAGCAUCCAGCCCUCCUGGCAGUCAACGGCGAUACCCUUCUUGCGGCAGUGGAAGACCAAAUCUGACCGGAAGUGGAAGUAUCUCUUCACCGACUUCGACGAGGUGUUCAGUACCCUCCUGAGGAUCGAGACCCCGGUGAGUGGCAUCCUGGACCACUUCGUGCUCUACACCGACGUGGAUGUGAUGUUCCACAAGAAGCUCACCUGGGAAACGCUGCUGGGCUCUGAGGUGCCUUCUGGGCAGCUUGUCUACGCGCGCCCGGGGUCCACGGGGGUGCCCCAGUACUUCGCGGCCUCGUCGGAGCUCGAGAAGAGCUUCAACCCAGACAAGGUCGAUACGGGUGUGAUGCUCAUGAACCUCCGCACCCUGCGGGAGAGCUACGGGGAGUACGUGAAGUUCCUCUUCGAGCGGCCCCAGGUUUGGCCCUUCUCCAAGGCGGACCCCUGCGCCUACACCGCCUUCUACAAGGACAAAGGCAAGCCGCUGAGCUCCUUCCUGCCCUUUGCUCUGAACUGGAAGCCCUGGUGGGAGAAGAGCGCAGAGGUGGUGAUCUCGCACUUCCACGGCCCCAAGUGCGAGUCGGACAUCAUGCCCUACGUCUUAGAAGGGAAGGUCAUGUUCGAGCCCUUCCGGGGCUUUUUGGAGCGGUGCAGUCAGCAGGGGGACUGCUUUAAGCUCUGCGUGGAUCACGUGAACUACGUGAAGCAGAUCUUUCAGGCGGAGAGAUCCAGAUGAGACUCACCCUGAAGCCUCGAGAGCCGGGGAAAAGCCCUCGUCAGACAUGCAUCGAGCUUUCUGGCGUUU